GGCAUAACAUCUCGCGAUGCUUGCGGCGCUGAGCUCCUCCAGCAGAACAGGACUCGACAUGUCAACAAAGAGAUAAAUCAGCGUCACGCAGGCAUGUAAAGGUGUUCUGGUGGAGCAUCCUGACAGGUAGCUCACCUGGACCUCCUCCUCCAUCUUCAUCAGCUGUCUCCAUGACGACCCCUCCUCUGGUGUCGCCUUUCGGCGGCCAGCCACCGCCACAGGCAGCUCGUGACGUCAACACGGCGUCACUGUGUCGCAUCGGCCAGGAGACGGUCCAAGACAUCGUCCUCAGAACGAUGGAGAUCUUCCAGCUGCUCAGGAACAUGCAGCUGCCGAACGGAGUGACGUAUCACCCCAACACCCACCAGGACCGGCUGGGGAAGCUGCAGGAGCAUCUCCGAAUGCUGUCCGUCCUCUUCAGGAAGCUGCGCCUCGUUUACGACAAAUGCAACGAAAACUGCGCCGGCCUCGACCCGAUUCCACCUGAGCAACUGAUCCCGUUUGUGGAGGACGAUGGAUCCAAACUGGAGGACCGGUCCGGAGGUCAGAACCGACCCGGCAGCGAGGAGAGGAGGGAGAUCCUGGAGGUCAACAAGAAGCUGAAGCAGAAGAACCAGCAGCUGAAGCAGCUCAUGGACCAACUCCGAAACCUCAUCUGGGAGAUCAACUCCAUGCUGGCAGUCCGGAGCUGAGCAGCAGACACACAACAUAAAUACACAAACAUAUACAACACACAAACAUAUACAACACCUAAACACAUACAACACAAAAACAUAUACAAGACACAAACACACAACAUAAAUAUACAAACAUAUACAAGACAGAAAUACACAAAUACACAAACAUAUACAGGAAUACACAAACACAUUAUCAUAUACACAAACAGACAUACAAUCAUACAACACAAAUGUACAUAAAUAUAUGCAAAUACAAAACACAAACACACAAUCAUAUAUAGAAAUGCACAACACAUAAACACACAAUAAUACACACAAUCGCACACCACACAGUCAGGUAUAAAUACACACAACGCAUAGACACACGAUCAUACAACACAGACACACAAAAUCAUAUACGCAAACAUGUACAGAAAUGCACAACACAAAGACACAAUAAUACACACAAUCAUACCCCACACAGACUCACAAUCACAAACAAACACAACGCAUAGACACACUAUCAUACAACACAGACACACAGUCAUAUACAAAUAAACACAACACAUAGACUCACAAACAACGCACAAACACAGAAACAUAUACAGAAAUACACAAACAUAUAGACACACAAUCGUACACCACACAGACACACAAUCACAUACAAAUCUACACAACACAUAGACACACUAUGGUACACAAUACAUAGAUACACUAUCAUACAACACAAACACACACAAUCAUGCAACACAAACAAACAGAUACAAAUAUACACAAUACAAAAUCAUACAACACACGUAGACAAUCAUAUUCAGAAAUACGCAUUCAUACAACACAUAGACACACAAUAAUACAUGCUAUCAUACAACACACAGUCACAUACAAAUAUACACAAGACAGACACAGUUAUACAAAACACACAACCAUAUACAAAACAUUCUGAACACAGAGACAUUAUUAAACAACACAAACAUUUACAGAAGUACACAACAAACAGUCAUCCAACACAAAAACAGACAAUCAUAUACAAAUAUACACAGCACAUAGACACACAGAAAUACACAAUUCAAUUCAAUUUUAUUUAUACAGCACCAAUUACAGUCAAAUUGUCUCCAGACGCUUUACAGAACCCGUAUUCCUGAAACCCCAGAGCAGCCCUAAGGCCACAGUGGCAGGAAAACACCCUUUUAACAGGAAGAAAACCUCGAGCAGAACCCGGCUCUCACAAACAAACAAUCAUACAACACACAGACACACACACACGGCUGGCUGCAGACUCCUGUACUGCUGGUUUCCAUACUGGGGCUGCGGCUGCACUUUAAGAAGAAGGAAGCUGAGACUGUAGAGACUCAAAGAGACAAAGUGUGAAGACGUGGAGACGGGAAGUGUUCCGUCUGCCUCCAUGUUCUCCACUUCAGUCAGCAUUAAGAGUGGAUUUAUUGUUUUAUCUAUUUGUAGGUACUAGAAGCACAGAUAUUCUGUUUAAUCCUAACGUUCUGCUCAUAGCGUCAUGAAGGAUUUUAUAUCACGAGUCUUUGCUGUUUUUCUGAACUCGUCCGUGUUGAUCAGAGCCGACGCGUCAUUUAAACGCCUUGUUAAGAUUCUGCUGAAGAAUAAACCGUGCUGCGAUUUCUAA